UCGUAACAGCAAUAAUAAUGCCGGGCAGCGAUGCUUCGUCCUCCCAGAAUCCCCCUUCCACGGGCGACGGGCCUCCAUCAGCACCUGCCUCCGCCCGAGCCGCAUCGCGGAACAGUGGUGUGCCUCCACCAACCAUCAACGAUACAACCGACUCCACUCAAACCAUGUUUUCCGGGUACAACACUAAAAAGCGAGUCAAUGAGCGCUACAAGAUUGUUGGUUUCAUUAGCAGUGGUACCUACGGCCGUGUCUACAAAGCAGAAGGCAAAAAUGGUCGUGUGGGUGAAUUCGCUAUUAAAAAAUUCAAGCCGGACAAAGAGGGCGAGCUUCAAUACUCUGGCAUCUCACAGUCUGCCAUUCGGGAAAUGGCCCUAUGCACCGAACUGGCACACCCCAAUGUUGUACAUACGGUCGAAAUUAUCCUAGAAGAGAAGUGCAUCUUCAUUGUGUUUGAAUAUGCAGAACACGAUUUGCUGCAGAUCAUACACCAUCAUAACCAGCCCCAGCGCCAGGCCAUUCCCGCAAAGACCAUCAAAUCAAUUCUCUUCCAGCUCCUGCAGGGUCUAGUUUACCUCCACAGGAACUGGGUCAUGCAUCGGGAUCUCAAGCCCGCCAAUAUCAUGGUCACGAGUGCCGGUAAAGUCAAGAUUGGCGAUCUCGGUCUGGCGAGGCUCUUUUAUAAGCCAUUGCAAUCAUUGUUCUCCGGUGACAAAGUCGUAGUCACCAUAUGGUAUCGCGCGCCCGAACUGUUGCUGGGAAGCCGUCAUUAUACGCCAGCCGUUGAUCUGUGGGCUGUGGGCUGUAUCUUCGCUGAGCUGUUAUCACUGCGACCCAUAUUCAAGGGAGAGGAAGCGAAGAUGGAUAGCAAAAAGACGGUACCGUUCCAGCGUAACCAGAUGCAGAAGAUUGUGGAGAUCAUGGGUAUGCCAAGUAAGGACCGAUGGCCACUGUUGACCGCCAUGCCGGAAUACCCACAGCUCUCAUCCCUGGCUGCGAGCAACGCGCGAUUCCAUCGACCGCAAGGACUGGAGACCUGGUACCAGACUUGCCUCAAGAACAACCAAUAUCCUCCCGGGUCUGGUCCUGAUACACCUGGGCCGGAAGGGUUUUCUCUUCUUCAGCAACUUCUCGAAUACGACCCCCAAAAGCGGCUGACAGCUGAGAACGCAUUGCAGCAUCCAUAUUUCACUGCGCAUGACAGCAAGCCUUCGGAAAGUUGCUUCGAGAACUCCAAGAUAAAAUACCCAGUGCGACGCGUGAGCCAAGAGGACAACGACAUCCGCACGUCAAGCCUGCCCGGCACCAAGAGGUCCGGAUUGCCAGACGACUCUUUGAUUGGAAGACCCGCGAAGAGAUUGAAAGAAGGAUAA